ACCAGCCAGCCAAGAAGAAAGGAAAGGAAAGAACUCUUACCAGUGCAGAAUUUGAGGAGAUUUUCCAGAUUGUACUACAGAAGUCCCUGCAGGAGUGCUUGGGUAUGGCCUGGCGUGAAGAAAGGGCUUCAUUAGACAGAGUGGCUGUCAUCUAAGGGGUAGUAUAAGUCCCACAGCUUCUUCCUCUGCUGUCUUCCUGAGAAAAUACUAAAUGAUACUUGAAAUAUUUAACCUGUAGAUGAACCAUGUUAGAGAAAAGUGAAAGAAGACUUUGGGAAAAGUAGAUGAUGCUAACUUUAGAAUCAACACAGCCUCACCUGAGUUUUUCAAAUGCAAUUUUAAUUUACUCAGAUGUUUGCAAUCUACUUAGAAAAGAUAAUAUUCCCCAGGUUUGGAGAAUGUAUUUUAUGUGUAUAGAUCUGUAUGUGUAUUUAAAUUACAUUUUAUUUAUUUUUGUUGUGUUUUGUGCGUGUGUGUGUUUUGUGUGUGUGUACGUGCUCGAGCCAUGCUAUGGUUUAUGUGUACAGGUGAGAGGACAGCUUGCAGACAUUGCUUGCCUCCUUCUACUAAGUGGGUCUUGGGGAUUGAACUCAGGUUUUCAGGCACUGAGCUGUCUUAUGGGGCCAAGGUUUAUAUAUUUUUAAUAUUGUGUUAUUUCUUUUUAUGGGUUUGGGGUGUGGUUUUGUUUUUUUGUUUUUUUUGUUUUUUUUUGUUUUUUGUUUUUUUUGUUUUUUUUUUUUUUUUUUUGAGACAGGGUUUCUCUGUGUAGCCCUGGCUCUCCUGGAACUCACUCUGUAGACCAGGCUUGGUUCGAACUCAGAAAUCCACCUGCCUCUGCCUCCCGAGUGCUGGGAUUAAAGGCGUGCGCCACCACUGCUCGGCUAUGGAUUUGGUUUUUAUUAGUAUUUAUUUAGUGUCUACAUUUAAAUGUAUGCACAGGCUCAUGUAUGUUUGUCUCUGUUAACGUAUGCAGGUGUGCAUGUGAACGUGUACUGAUGCAUGUGUCUGCUCAUGUGAAUUAGGGCCAGAAGUCACCCUCAGUUGUCACUCCUCAGGCUCUGCCUUGUAUUUUGAGUCAGUGUCACUCUGUGGCCUGGAUCCCAACCAGUUCCUGUAGUCUAGGCUUUGGGGAGUCACAAGGAUCUUCCUGCCCCAGUCUCCUCAGUACAUGCCACCACACUUCAUUUGUUUGGUUUUGAUUUUACAUGGGUUCUAAGGAUUGAACUGAGGUCCUCAUACCUGUAAGGCAAACACUCUAUUGACUGAGCUGUUUCUCCCUCCAGCCCUAGGUUUGAUUUUUAGAGUAAAAGGGCUGUUAUGUAGGCUCAGAGGAUUUUUCUAACAGGUCAUGUGACUAAGGAGAAUGGUUUCCUAGCUAUCUGUAGGUGUACUUCUUCUCUUAAAAGGAGUUUGGGGGGAAGAUAAGAUAAAUAUAGCUUGCAGAAAGAUACAGAUUUUUAGUUUUUCCUGAAUUUGAAUGAUUUUAAGUUCUAUUCUAUGACAAGAUGCCAGAAGUAGUCUCUUCUAAGCACAGGGGUCAGGUAUCCAACUAGAACGCUGCUUUAUCUUUCCAUGUUUCUUCUCUACGUGUAAUACUUGAUUUUGGAAGGGCUAGGGUCUGGCCUUAAUUUUGCAGAGACUUCUUCCUGUGUCCAACACAUCAGACCUACCAAAUUGGAUGAAGAACCGGGCAUUGUUCCUCCUGCAACUGAUAAGAAAGAUGCUGAUCCAGAGAAGGUAAUAACUCCUGAUACUCCAAAGAUUGCAUCUUCUUUAGAAGAGGAAGUGAAUUCUGAGAUGGGGACAUCUAAGCUAGGCCAGCCAGUUACUGAACCCUCUAAGAAGAAAUUUAAUAGACUCUCUUUAAGCAAACAAAAGAAGAAAGCUGAAGAUGAGAAAAUGGAGAAGAUCCAAGAUGGCCGUGAGUGCAGUCUGAAGGAGAAACAGAAGAUAGUGAUUCAGGAUCAGUCUCAGAUCAGAGGUCCCCAGAAGGAAGAGGAGAGUGGUUUUGGUGAGCUCAGCUGAGUGUGGAGAAACUUGAGCUGAAAAUUCAAGAUGGAGGAGAUAUGCAGUACAUGGGAUGUUAAAGGAAGCCACAAAACUGUUAUUUAUCUUGCACAGUUGCUUCUUAGGAGAUAAGGAAAGAGGACGAAGCAGAAAGACUUCAUCUAUUUGGGCCACUGUGUCAUCUGGGUUCAGUGUUCCUCUCCAAAGUGUGAGAAGUGGCGGCAGCUACGUGGAAACAUUGAUCCCUCAGUUCUUCCAGACGACUGGUCUUGUGACCAGAAUCCAGAUCCGAAUUAUAAUCGCUGUGACAUUCCUGAGGAGAGCUGGGCAGGGUGCGAGAGUGAUGUGGCCUAUGCCUCCUAUGUCCCAGGAUCCAUCAUCUGGGCCAAGCAAUAUGGCUACCCAUGGUGGCCAGGCAUGAUAGAAGCUGAUCCUGACCUGGGGGAGUACUUUCUGUUUGCUUCUCAUCUUGAUUCCCUGCCGUCUAAGUACCACGUGACAUUUUUUGGAGAAACGGUUUCUCGUGCAUGGAUCCCAGUCCGCAUGUUAAAGAACUUCCAGGAGCUGUCUUUGGAGCUAGUGAAAAAAUGCAAGAACAAGAACUCUAAUCAGAAGCUGGAGGCAGCCAUAGCGAUGGCUCACAGGGCAGAACAGACCAGUAUUCAGGAGCGGGUUAACUUGUUUGGUUUCUGGAGUCGAUACAAUGGAGCUGACAUCAGUGAGGAAGGGGAAGAUUUGACUCUCUGUGAGUCCAACAACCCUGAGUCUUGUCUGGAGAAGGAAGAGAAGGACUUAGAGGAGGAGAAGGAGGAGGAAGAAGAGAAGAAAGUUUGUAGCUUGACCACUCAGAUAGGCUGGUUAACAAGCCCCAAGAAUGUACCUGUUUCCACACCUCCAGCGCUGGAUCACAAGUGUGCUCCAUCACACCCAGCCUUUCAUGAUCCAACUUUGCCUAGACCCAAGCCAGCUAAAAUGCAGACAAAAAAGCCCAAGUCAAGAGGCCCAGCUGGAGGACCAGAUGGGACUCCAAAGAAGAAGACUGCGAAGAAAUCUCUGGUCAGUGAAUCCACAGUCCCUCCUGUACCCACACUGGGAGGGAAGGAAGAGCAGGGGAACUCAGACCUGGACCAUCCAGUCCCUAAGAAAAAAUUUAAAGCUCCUGAGAACAAGACUUCAGCCACCAACUUAUCUGAGGAGAAAGAAAUUAAAAUUGUGUCCAAAUGCCCUACUCCAUCAGCUCAGCAUGGGGCUUGUCCAUUGGGAAAGGAAGGGCUUGUGCCCCACAUGCCCCCGACACAGGAGGCAGCAAGUUUCCCUCCUGACGAUGAUUGCUCCAGUGACCUGGACUUGGAGCAACUCAUGGAAGACAUUGGAGAGCCAGAAGAGAGAGGGGAGAUGCAGCAGAGAGGCAGCUCAGAGGAGUUCCUGGCGGCCCUCUUUGAGGAGUAGAGUAUUCUGGUCCCCCUGCUGUUGUUUGCCUGCAGGGAGAGCCUCUCAUUUCUUCCCGAGCAGCUGAUAAAUGUUGGGGUUGUUGACCUGCUCUGUUGUUCAAGUCAGCUGUGCAGCCUGGGUUAAUAAAGCAGGUCUCUGGAAUUACUCCUGA